UUGCGUCACAACAUGGCGGUGCUGGGAGCGGAAGCCCGAAUGAGACCCUGUCUCAUUCCUGGGUCGCAUCAGUCCGCAGAGAUUUUCCUUCCCAAGCCCUCCUAGAUCGGGCGGAGCGUUCUACGCUUGGAUGAGGUGCGGCGCCAUGCAGCCUUCGGUCCCGACGCAUCGGGAGCAGCUUCAGAUGCCCUAUUGGGUCGUGGAGCCCGAGACGCCCGAAACACCGUUCUGCCACCCGCGGACGCUCCUCGUCUUCUCCAGCUGGCUGCUCUUUGCCUUCAUCUUCGAGCUUGGGGUGACCGAGGUUGCCGCCAAGGAGAAGCCGCCGAUAAACUCCUUGGUGUCCAUGCCUUGCUGGGUGGUGGAGGACUUUGUAGUGGCGAAGGAGUGUGCCCCUUGUACUACUUUCCAGGCUAAAACCACUCCUGAGUGUGGUACUACUGGCUUUGUGGAGAAAAUCAGUUGUUCUGGAUCCAAGAGAGAUGAGUUCAAAAGCUGCCGCUCAGCAAUGAUGGAGCGACACCUGUUUUGGAAGUUUGAGGGGGCUGUGGUGGGAGUGGCUGCAGUCUUUGCCUGCCUUGUGAUCCUUCGUCAGAGAUCACUAGACCGAAAGGCCCUGGAAAAGGUCCGAAAACAAAUUGAGUCCAUAUAAGCUCCUCACACCAAUAUCCUGGCAUUCAACCUUUUACUCCAAGGGGGCCUGGUGGAGAAGGGUAACAGCUGGCCUGAGAGGGGAAAAGAUCAUAUGGGGUGACCCUGGCCCCUGGAAUCCUAUUACUUCAUCCCCUUUGCCCUUCACUUUUGUCUCCUUAAUCAUCAAAGAAUAAAGUUAAAAACAACCCCACAA